AUAAAAAAAUACAUGUACUCGUAUUUGUAUAUUGUAUAACCCGAAACGGACUCCCGUUGGAUAAUUGCGCAAUUUUUUUUUUCCCUUUUUCGUAUGUUUCGCGUAAUUUAUGCUUUUCUCUCUCCUCGACCUCAUAAACCCUAAUUUCAUUACCAGUUCUCCCUCUUUCUUCAAUUAACAUCUGCAAUCUUCAAAUUAAUUCCCAUCUCAUCAAUUUCUAGCUUUAAUUAUCUCGAAUUUUCUCCAUGGAUGCUCAGAGAGCGCUUCUCGAUGAACUCAUGGGCGCAGCUCGGAAUCUGACUGAUGAAGAAAGAAAGGGGUAUAAGGAGAUUAAGUGGGAUGAUAAGGAGGUUUGCGCGUCUUAUAUGGUUCGAUUUUGCCCUCACGACCUCUUCGUCAAUACUCGCAGUGAUCUUGGGCCAUGUCCAAGGAUUCAUGACCAAAAGCUGAAAGAGAGCUUCGAGAAUUCUCCAAGGCAUGACACUUAUGUUCCACGCUUUGAGGCUGAACUUGCUCAAUUUUGUGAGAAAUUGGUGGCAGACUUGGAUAGGAAAGUUAGACGUGGGAGAGAGCGCCUGGACCAGGAGGUUGAACCUCCUCCUCCUCCACCUAUUUCUGCUGAAAAGGCUGAGCAGCUCUCUGUGUUGGAAGAUAAAAUUAAAAAUUUGCUGGAACAAGUAGAGUCACUGGGGGAAGCUGGCAAAGUUGAUGAAGCAGAAGCACUGAUGCGAAAGGUGGAAAUUCUUAAUGUUGAGAAAACUGCGUUAACUCAACAGCCUCUGAGUGCAGCAACAAUGUUGACACAGGAGAAAAAGAUGGCACUAUGUGAAAUUUGUGGUUCAUUCUUGGUAGCCAAUGAUGCUGUGGAAAGAACUCAGUCUCAUAUUACUGGCAAGCAGCACAUUGGAUAUGGCAUGGUCCGUGAUUUCAUAUCUGAAUACAAGGCAGCUAAAGAGAAAGCAAGGGAAGAGGAAAGAUUAGCAAGGGAGAAAGACGCAGAAGAACGUAGGAAGCAGAGAGAGAAGGAAAGUGAGAGCAAAAACAGAAGAAGCAUCUCCAGUGAGAGGGAUCGUCAUCGUGAUAGGGAGUAUAGCAGAGACCGUGAAAGAUCACGAGAUUGGAACAAUAGAGGUAAUCGAAAUGACGGAAGAGGAAUGGACCGAAGGAGGCAUGAUGAUUAUCGUAAUGGAAGGGAUGGAGGGGGGAGGACUAGGAAUUAUGGCCGUGAACGCGAAAGGAGCAGGUCACGUUCGCCUGUUAGGCAUGGCCACCGGAGGUGACCUAAGAGUCCUGUUUGCCGGUAUUAGUGGCCAGUGGGUUGUGUAGAUAAACGAUGAUCUUAAACCUACUGAGGUAGAUGCUUUUAUAUCUCAAGAUGUUUUGUGUGUCUGUUUUCAAGGUGUUGCAUUGCAGUCUUAUUGGGGGUUAAACUUCUUUUUUUAUUGUCCCACAGUGUUGAGACUGUACUGUCUCCUCUCAACAAUCUUAUUAGAGGUCAAAGGGAUUGAGGUAGGUAAAACUUCAUCGUUGUAAUUUCCCCUAUAGUUAAUUGUAGUUUUGUUGGAAUGUUGGAUUAAAUGCUUUGGUACAUGGUCUUUGAAACAUCUUUUAGUCCUGCAUUUUCUGAUCAUGCUGGGGGUUCUCAAGAAAUUUGCAACUGUGCUGCAUGGCUUGUGUGCCAGUGUUAGUAAGGUAACUUUCUGGUUCAGAAAAUUUGUUACUCGGUAUUUUCUGUAUCUUAGGUGCUAAAUCUGCAUGACCUUUGAAAAUUUGCAUGCAUCUGCAUUAUAAUAUUGCUUCUUCUGAAACAUAGUUCAUGGAACACUUCUCUGACUAGUGAAGAUGAAUGAUGAUGGUGUUGGGUUUUGACAUCCCCAUCAAUUAUUAGUGGCUUCUCUGAAGCUGAGUGGAAACCUUUCCUGCUUUCUUCCCUUCCUGAGAUACUGUAAAUGCAGUCCAAAUCGUGGCUCUUCAGAUAUUGCAGUUUGACCUCAGAAACUGAAUGCAAACUUCCAGUCCAUCUGUAGUGUGGGUAACUUUUCUUGGUCUAUUCUUGCUAAGUAGCUUCGUUAUUAUUCCAUCUUUAUUAGUGGUUAAUUGGUUAUCAGGACUGUCCAAUGUACCAUGCCCUGAUGGUUUUGGACGCUUAUUUGACACCUUUAACUGGAUAUGGGUAGGGCAUAAUUCUUGAAAACUAACAGGAAAUCAUAGCAAAGCUUAAAACAUCAAUGUUAGAACAAUUCUUAUGGGUAUAACACUUCUGAAGAUCCCAAGUAACAUUGCUGUGACGGCUGUUUCAGAGCUUGAGUUCACUUUUUGUGGAAUGCAUAGAAGUCUGCAAACAACCCAAAAUGCUAAAUAUGAGGGCAUCUGCCGAUACCUGAAGGUAACUUGAAUAAAAACUGUACUACAAUUUUUUUAAGGGUUCUCCUUUGCAGGAAGCUGGAGAUCAAUUAAGGAAAGUUGGUUUGCUUCCACACUGUGAAGUGCCUCUUACCAACUAGAUCUUGUCUUGAUUGUCUGAGUAUCGCACCCCUUGAUUUGUAAUCAUCUCAAAGUUGUUAAGAUUGACCGCUGAUAUAUGCUUGGAUGGAGGUUGUUGUCUGCUUAUAAUUUUGCAUCGCGCAAGUAUGAAACAUAAAUUUAUAUCUCUAUAAUUUGCUAUUUUUUGGAUACUUGUUGAAUCCAUCUGCACAUUCUGAAUAUAGAUUCACAUGUGCAUGCAUGAUGCUUAGUGUACCCUUGGCAGCCUUAUAUAAGCGUUGUGUAUUAAGAACUUGAGAUUUCAGAAAUUAUCUGAAUGAACCCAAGUUUA